AUGUCUCGCGCUAAGAACACUUUAGUGGCCGAGGGCGACGUGAGUGUGGAGAGGGUGAAGAAGAUUGAGUCUGUCUAUGACUACGAUCUAAUCACCAGACCUUGGGUGUUCACCAACCCGAGGGUGGUGACGGUGCUGGCACGGCCGCCACUGGGUGCUGGGGUUUCUGUCUCCGGCCAGAAGGUGUUCCAGAGGGCGCUGUCGGAGCGAGAGAUAAUAAAUGACUAUAUCGCAACAAAGAAGAAGCAAUUUGCCGGGGAGAUCCCACAGGGCGGCACAUGGUUUACAUAG